UCGUACGAGUUGAUGUUGACUUUCUCCGGAAGUAUCUGCCACGUCCGUUUUUACACGAUUUACCGGCAAAGUUGUGAUAUAAACAACCCAUAUUUAAAACUUUUAAGCAUACUUAGGGCAACUAUAGUGUGUUGAAGAUGGUUUCCGUCAUCAACUCGAUAGACACCUCACACGAAGACAUGAUCCAUGAUGCUCAGUUGGAUUACUAUGGAACAAAGCUGGCCACAUGUUCCUCAGACAGAUCAAUCAAGAUAUUUGAUGUCAAAGGAGGCCAGCAGACCCUGAUUACUGAACUCCGCGGUCAUGACGGCCCAGUGUGGCAGCUCGCCUGGGCUCAUCCAAUGUUUGGUAAUCUGAUCGCGUCCUGCAGCUACGAUAGAAAAGUUAUCAUCUGGAAGGAAACAAACGGAUCAUGGGGAAAGCUCUACGAAUAUCAAAAUCACGACUCAUCAGUGAACUCUGUGAACUUUGCCCCCCAUGAGUUUGGCCUCCUUUUGGCAUGUGGAAGUUCUGAUGGCUCCAUCUCCAUCAUUUCUAGUACAGGGGAUGGAACCUGGGAUGCCAAGAAAAUCCCUAACGCUCACUCUAUUGGCUGUAAUGCAGUAAGCUGGGCCCCGCCCAUUAAUCCUGGAGAUCUAUUGGAUCCCUCCGGACGUCAUCAACCAAUCAAACAGCUCGUCUCAGGAGGAUGUGAUAACCUGGUCAAAAUCUGGAAGGAGGAGGACGGUCAAUGGAAGGAAGACCAGAAACUUGAAGGUCACAGUGACUGGGUCAGGGACGUCGCCUGGGCUCCCAGUAUAGGUCUACCCAAAAGUAUCAUAGCAAGCUGUUCACAGGACUUGAGGGUGAUCUUAUGGACUAAUGACGGUAAUGGCUGGACACAGAAAGUGUUGAACAAAUUUAGCGACGUUAUCUGGCACCUUAGCUGGUCAAUCACAGGAAAUAUACUGGCUACAUCAGGGGGCGAUAACAAGGUCAGCUUAUGGAAAGAGACAUUAAAUGGAAACUGGGUGUGUAUAAGUGAUGUGAACAAAGGUCAAGGACAAAUAUCAGAUGGUCAGAGGUCAUUGUCAUAGUAUCAGAAAGCAGGCAUUUUCCAGACUAUUGUUGUGUUGUGUUUAUUUUGCUGAUAUAAAGAUACCAGUGGAUCUUAUAAGAAGAGAUUAUUCAUUAGUGACCUUAAUCAGCAUGGAAACAACUCUCUCAAGGAAUCACAGCAGCAAAACUACUGAACUGGUAGGAUUCAGUGAAAAGUCUCAGUCAUAGUAAAGGAAUCUUCUACACAACUUUUUAAAGAAUUGUCUAUAGACUUUUUAAAUGCAGACAAAUAGAUGCAUGAAAGAAGAAUCAUCUAAAUUGUUGGAAUGAUGCAAACAAAAAAAUUACGUCAAGAUUAAAUUAUAAUACUAUGUAAUACUGUACUUUGAGUGAAAGGUUAAAUGUAGAAUGUAAGAUGGAUGAAUAAAAGUUGUAUAGUUUAAA